AUGCGUUAUCAAUUCUAUUCUAGAGUGUUGAGCAGACAAUGGAACGUCUAUCAGGGUCUCAAUCUUCCCAAACGAUCUCCAACCACACACAAAUUCUUUCACGCAUCUGCGAAGCGAUUAGCCAUUAAACCGUUCAUGCUGGCAGAUAUUGGAGAAGGGAUCAAAGAAUGUGAAAUCAUACAGUGGUUCGUGGAGCCAGAAGCCCGGGUGGAGGAAUGGGACAAAUUAUGUGAAGUACAAAGUGACAAAGCUUCGGUCGAGAUUACCAGUCGAUUUUCCGGUGUCAUAAAGAAACUGCAUUAUGAAGCUGGGGAUAUGGCACAGGUGGGAAAACCCCUCUUGGAUAUUGAUAUACAAGGCGGGGUCGAGCAGGAGGAUUCGAGUGUCGUUGAAGGAUCAAAUCCUAGCAAGGAUUCCAAGGCCCAAUCUCUGGACAAGUCGCCCACGGAAUACAAAGUAGAUGUCCCGGGUGCUUCACAACCAGCUGCUGGGUCUCAAUCUUUCACUCCAGCCCCUAAAGGAAAGCAUGCAGCAUUGGCGACACCGGCAGUACGGCAUCUUACAAAAGAGUUGGAUGUAAAUAUAUUAGAUGUGACAGGUACGGGAAAAGAUGGCCGUGUACUCAAGGAGGAUGUGCAUCAAUUUGCUAGACAGAGAGACAGUGCUCCAUCAACAACCCCAGACCUCGUGGAGACGAACGGCGAGCCUCAGAAGGAGUAUACUACCUCAUUAACGCCUGUUCAACAGCAAAUGUUCAAGGUCAUGACGAAGUCUCUGGCCAUACCUCAAUUUCUCUAUACUGAUGAAAUUGACUUCACGAAACUCUUUCAAGUACGAGAUCGUAUCAAUAAACAAUUGGCAAGCUCUCCCAUCAACGGUGUCGCCAAGCUAUCUUACCUACCAUUCAUCGUCAAAGCUGUCUCUUUAACUCUCAAUCAUUACCCCAUUCUAAAUGCUCGGGUCGACAUUGAUCCCGCCACUCAAAAACCCAUAUUGACAAUGCGUCCUCAACACAAUAUCGGCAUUGCAAUGGACACCCCAGCAGGUCUCCUCGUCCCUGUCCUAAAACACGCUCAAUCCACCUCCAGCCUCCUCUCCAUAACCCAAUCUCUCACUUCCCUCCAGUCUCUUGCCACAACCUCCACACUUACCUCCUCCCAUCUCUCCGGUGGCACCAUAACCAUCUCUAAUAUCGGCAACAUCGGCGGCACUUACCUUUCCCCUGUCAUCGUCGAGUCUCAGCUCGCCAUCCUCGGCAUCGGCAAACUACGCACCAUACCUGCGUUCGACGCCGACGGGAACGUUGUCCGGAAACAAGUCAUCAAUUUCAGCUGGAGCGCCGACCACCGAGUGAUUGACGGUGCAACCAUGGCUCGCGCCGCCGAAAUGGUCAGAGGAUAUAUUGAGGAUCCAGAAACCAUGCUCUUGCAUAUGAAAUGA